CAGGGUUUUAACUGGGAGUCAUGGAGGAAGCAAGGGGGGUGGUACAACUUCCUGAAGGGCCAGGUGCCUGAUAUAGCCAGAGCUGGAGUUACCCUCGUCUGGCUACCUCCGCCAUCCCACUCCGUCUCCGAACAAGGUUACAUGCCCGGCCGGCUGUAUGAUCUUAGCGCAUCCAAGUACGGAACCCGGGAUGAACUCAAGUCACUGAUCACCGCGUUCCACGCGAAAGGGAUCGAAUGUGUCGCCGACAUCGUUAUCAACCACCGCUGCGCCGACCGCAAGGAUGAGAGAGGAAUAUACUGCAUGUUCGAAGGGGGGAGCAGGGAAGGCCGCCUCGACUGGGGGCCGCACAUGAUCUGCAGCGACGACACCCAGUACUCGGAUGGAACCGGAAACCCCGACACCGGCGCCGACUUCGCCGCCGCGCCCGACAUCGACCACCUCAACCCGCAGGUCCAGCGCGAGCUUACGGACUGGCUGAACUGGCUCGAGACUGACAUCGGCUUCGACGGCUGGAGGCUUGAUUUUGCCAGGGGAUACUCGCCGAACAUCACGAAGACGUACCUGAGCCAAACCAGACCCGCCUUCGUGGUGGGGGAGCUGUGGAGCUCCUUGACUUACGGACGAGAUGGAAAGCCUGCCUACGACCAAGAUGGCAGCCGCCAGGAGCUGGUCAACUGGGUUAGUGACGUCGGCGGCCCGGCGACGACGUUCGAUUUCACCACCAAGGGUGUACUGCAAGCCGCGGUGCAAGGCGAGCUGUGGAGGCUGCGCGAUCGCCAAGGUAAGGCGUCGGGGAUGAUCGGCUGGUGGCCGGAAAAGGCAGUCACGUUCGUGGACAACCAUGAUACUGGUUCGACGCAGAAGAUGUGGCCUUUCCCUCCCGAGAGGGUCAUGGAAGGCUAUGCCUACAUUCUGACACACCCAGGGGUUCCCACCAUCUUCUAUGAUCAUUUGUUUGACUGGGGGCUGAAGGAAGAGAUCACUGGGCUGGCCGCCAUCAGGACUCGGAACGGGAUUCGUCCAGGGAGCACGCUGCGUAUCCUGGUCGCUGACGCUGAUCUUUACAUGGCUGUGAUCGAUGAGAAAGUUGCGGUGAAGAUAGGCCCGAGAUAUGAGGUUGGGAAUCUCGUUACUGCCGACUUCCAUGUAGUUGCUUCUGGCAAAGAGUUGUGUGUCUGGGAAAAGUGGUUGACUCAUUGAUGGAAGGCAAAGAGCAGUGUGUGUGUCUCUUUAAGUUGCUCCUUUUUCUGUGAUGCCACAAAUAGGUUAACAUG